CCGAACAGAUUAAACUGCCCCUCCAUCUGACAAGUGAGGAAACAGACCCAGGAACGGAUGGCCAUGAAGUGGUUACGGUUUUCGCUCCUCGUCGUGGGGCUUUUCUCGCUGUGCUGCGCCACGUCUGGUGACGGCAACGGCGUCAAGAAGAUGAAGAUGCAAUUUGCUACUGGACCCCUUCUCAAGUUUCAAAUUUGCAUUUCCUGAGGGUACAAGCGGGUGUUUGAGGAGUACACGCAGGCCUUGUACCAGCGGUACCCAGACAUCCGCAUUGAAGGGGACAAUUAUCUUCCUAUGCCCCUCUAUCGACAUUUUGCUUCCUUCUUGUCGGUGUUCAAACUGCUGGUGCUUGGGCUGAUUAUUAUCGGCAGGGACCCAUUCGCCCUCUUUGGUAUGCAAGCCCCAGGCAUUUGGGAGUGGGGCCAAGGAAAUAAGAUAUAUGCCUGCAUGAUGGUGUUCUUCCUUAGCAAUAUGAUUGAAAAUCAGUUAAUGUCUACAGGCGCUUUUGAGAUCACAUUAAAUGAUGUGCCAGUGUGGUCAAAGCUAGAGUCUGGUCACCUGCCCUCCAUGCAGCAGCUUGUGCAAAUCCUGGAUAACGAGAUGAAGAUGAAUGUUCACAUGAACACAGGAACACACCACCACUCCUAACCCUACUCGUCAUAUCCUGGCUGUAGCUAAAAGCCCCUCCAUGUUUGAGGUGGGUUUCUCACUGGGCUGUGAAGGGAUGUUUAUGAAGGUCUGCGCUGAAGGCAGGAAGACUGCUAGCACAGACUGGAUGCCCCAUCAAUCUUCACCAUGCCCCUUGGAGACGCCCCGCCCCUGACGCCAGAGUGGGAUCCAUGGCAACAGUGCCGGACAUUCUUUUGUCAUUUUCUUGUACUAUUCAUACUACUGCAGAUUUCAUCUAUGGUCGCAUAAAGAAAGAUUUCAGAUUGAUACUUAUAGUCUUUAACUUUAAUUGAUCUAUGUGAAUUUAAUAAAAUUGUAAGUUAUACCACUGAGCCACAUGUAGAAUCUUAAGUUUAUUGUUCUAAAUGUAGCUUAGCCAUGUAGAAAAAUUCCAUACUUCUAAUCUGUCUUCACUGUUGUGAAAAUAACAUUGGUGAUCGUGUUAUGGUGUGAUUUCUGAAUAAUUGUUUUUAUAUUUGCAUAACAUAAAGCGAAGAUUAAUAAAAAGAUAUUGUAACUAUUGA